AUGUCAGAUUUCGUUCUAAAACAUGGCAUCGUCGUAACUGGUGAAGCUGUCGGACAACAUGAACACCCGGUUCAUGCAACCUUCAAAAGAGACUGGGUUCAUAACGUUUACCCCAGAAUUCUCAACCAAGACGUCACCUUAGCGUUUAUGAAAGAAGAAAAGGCUCUGCGCCUGGCACAUCACAUCCAUCAAAUCCACAGAAAUUACAUACAGUCCAAUAAUGUCAACCUUGAAAUUCACCACCUUAGGGAAAGCUUGAACAGACUUUCAACAAAACGCGAAAAUUUAGCAAAGGCCCUUGAACACUCUCGCACGAUCAACAAAAUGGAUCGAAAAAGCUGCGCUGCCACUAUCAAAAUGUUCUUUAAAAAUGAAAAGGAAAAAAAUCCUGCGCUGUUCAUUUACUUUGAAGAAAGUUUGCUCAUUGCCUACAAAAUAACUACUCCACUAAGCGCCAACAAUCAAUUAGACGCCAUCACCAUUCAAAAAACCAUCGACAAAAUCCUAGCUGACUUUCAAUUUCACAAAACGUUUUCUCUAUCCUACUUUCCGUUCAGCGACAUUCACAUACAACAUAAUGCUUUUGACUCAACCCUAUGUUUCUUUGAGUGGGCAACUCAAAACUGGGGACCUCCCGCUGCCCCACCACAAAAUUUUCACUAUGAUGAGUACGACCAUUGCUUUCAAAAUUUGAUUCAAUAUUUGGGGCAAAACUUUAUUUAUUAUGAUUACCACGGCGCUUCUUCAAGCGCAUCCAGCUCCACUUUGCUACCAAUCAACCAAAUUAACUCUACAAAAAAAAGAAAGACAAAAACCACAACCACCAGUUACGACUCUGACUCAGAUAGCGACAGCUGCGCCACUACCACUGUCACUGAUCAAACCAACUUAAUCUCUAAUGAUCUUCAGAGAAGAGUAAACCAAGUUCUACAAAAACAUGAGUUGGAGACUGAAGAUGACGAUGCUGACUCUAUCCCCAGCAUUGACACUAUUACCACAAGCCUUCCCGAUGAGCAAAAGAAUAAAGGCCCAGGCUCAAAACCACUGUUUAUCAGCAAGGAGUACCAAUUGACCAACCCAUUACCAGGAACAUCAAAGUCAGGAAAACCUGAUGUUGUUAAUAAGAAAGGUUACAAUUAUUUGAACCCCAAAACCAUAGAUAGGGAAAGGAAACCCAAACGCAUCGCUAAAUUAAACUCAACUAACCAAGCAAUCGUUCUAUCUAACCACCCUAAUCCAACAGCUAGGGACAUCUGCCCA